CCUAGGUAAGGUAGAAAGCACCAGAAUCUCGCCCUCCUUAAAGCAAACCCGCUCGUUCAUUACCUACUUUGGCUCACAGUUGAUCGACAAUUUGUAAACGCGAGUUAAAGGCUUCUCCCCUGUUGAGUCCUCCUCCCUUUGCGCAACACCAAGCGGUCGCUCAGAAUGGCUCACCAAACAUCAAACAUUCCAUGGAACAUCUUGGCGUCAAACCUUCAAUUUUCCCAAGCCAAUCAGACCCAUAAUAGAAACCUCCAUCUCCGACACAAGCCUGGCCAAGGCAAACGACUUCAUUACUUCGUGGAAGCCUUAACCAACAAUAUCCACCAGCAUUCCGCACAAACCCGUAAGAGAUAUCCCGAGCGAUAUGACGCACCACACUCUGACGACAUCAUCCUCGACGAUGCUACUGUCAGAAAAGUCACCCCGACUGUCCACCGUUUGCGCUCCCACGCGUCUUGGAAAACAGAAUACGAGCCAUCCAUCUUUCCGUCUCGCGGCGAGAUCUGCCAACAUAAAGGAGACACCGAAUGUCGAUGCCCAAUCCCUUACGAGGAGAGAAAGGCUUCUUCGUUUUACCGGAGAUAUCGCCGGAAUAAAUGUUACCGGUUCCACGAGGACAACGGAGAGGCCUUCUUCAAUCUUGAAGUUGUCAAGAGCUUGCUUUUGCAUGGCGAAAUGGACGUUAUUUUCCGCGUGUGCGCUUACCCUGGGGUAGACCUGGGGACUUGGUGGGACAUGUUUACGUGUUAUUGCAAUCCGCACGACGUGGGUUGGGAUACUCUCUGUACCAAAGCACUGCUGCCGUACAUCGGCCUCAAUGUCAUUUUUUGCUUCCCGGAGACGUGGGACCCGGCAUCUGGGAUGACCGACGAAAAGGAUUACCGCCAGAUGAAAGUCUAUCAGUAUAUGCUCCACCAAUGCACCUUGUCAGGAAUGACUUCCGAAGUCGCAACGCACCCACAUCGACAGUUUUUCGGCAUCGAGGAUGGGCAGUUCCAUAGUCACGGCGCGCUGGGAGGUCCACGUCCUCUCUACGGAUCAGUGUCAUUUGAACACUUCCUGAACUGUGAGACACCGACAGACAGCAGACCAGGACGAUGCGAUGUCCCUCAGGUUCAGGGGAUUCUUUACAGCAAAGGAUUGCCAAUGGAGUUGGUCUUGGAGAUCAUGGAUCUAGCAGAGUAUACACCGAGAGGAAGGCUUUGGGUGCCGCAUCACCCAUUCCACCGAGGUAACUGGGAUGAACUGGAAAAGUACUUGAAGUUCUGUUGGCAGGUGCUUGUCCGCUGCGACAUGAUGGCAUCUGCUCUUGGCAUGGUGAUCCCUUGGCAAGAAUUGGUAUCCCAGACUCUCAUUGAGCUCUUUGAUUGUUGCACGGGACGAUGGUGGACCCGAGACUGGGAUACUCCAAAGGGCUACACGUUCUUGUGACUAAACUCCAACGCAGCUUUCGGAUCCUGAAAUCCUGAAAACAUGGGAAAAUCAAGAUCCAUUUCACAAAUCUCAAGGCACAGGGCGAGAUCUAGAAAACUUGGACUACGCAGAGUUCAAUAACGUAACUAAACGGUGUUCAAGUAAUGGAAAAAGGAAACCAGAGAACAUGCCUAACCACAAAUCUCCCCUCCAUCUGGGGAAAAGC